AUGGCAAGCCAGGAGGAUACAGUCAAAGCAAAUCUUUGGAGCACUGAACCAGCAAAAGCAGGCAAUGACCUGCUACAAGGAUUGCCACAGCCUACAAAGGCAGCACAGUGCCCAAGACCAAACUGCAGGAUCAGGCAAGCCCAUGCACAAACUGGGGCUUGCACCCGGCUGCUGCGCGGCGUGAGUGAGGGACAAGGAACCCAAGCUACAAAUGGAAGAGACAAGACAGCUGGGGAGAAUCAUGGGCAGAAGAAGGGUCAAGAAGAAUUUGACACAGAAUUGGAUGCACCAGAGACAGAGCAGGCGGCUGUGAUGACACAGUCCCAGUUCAGAAAAUUCCAGAAGAAAAAAGCAGGCUCCCAGCCUUAG